AUGGAACAGACAUGGACAUUAGAACGUACAUGGAGUGGAGCCGAUUUAUCAAGUGGAUGGUCUUCAGCAGUUUCAGGAUACGGAUAUUGUUGUACGAUACAGUGUACAAAGAAGAAAUCACAUGAUGAAUGGAUAUUAAGUGUAAAUCCGGAAGAGAAUUGUGCAUAUUCAUUACUUGUCGAUGUAGUACUAUCCGUUGGCGCUUUUCAUUUCAAGGUUUAUAGAGAUUUAUGGGAUGCAUCGAGUAUUGUAUUGCAAGAAGAAACACGAAGUGGAUCAAGAGUUGAUGUAACACUGAGGUUACGGAUUAUCGAAACACUGUCGCCGCAGGAUCUUAGUGGGCAGACCCCAUACAGAGACUUUGAAAUAAGUUGUAAAGGACGAUCAUGGUUUGUUGAUGUGACAUAUUUGGCAUCCAUUGGAGGAAAACUGUUCACCGAGUGGAGUGAACAACGAUCGAAGGGUAUAAAAAAGUACUGGGUAGAUGGUAUUUCGACUUAUGAAUUGGAUUGUCUCAUUGAUGCGACAUCGAAAUAUCGACAAAUUGUCGUGACGAGGAUGAAUUAUGAUGUUUUGGUUAGUGUUUCAUUUCGAUAUAACAUUGGCUCGAUAUUGCGAACUGUGGAAUCAUUUCUUAUGGAUGCUGAAUGGAUUCAUCCAAUUCGACGUCUUGAAUACGCUGUUUGUUACAAAUUGGCCAGGUUAGGAGAUACAAUUAGCAGAAAAUUAGUAUCAUCUAAUACAGCUAUUGAGAAGUUGCACGAAUAUUUGGCUGAAAAUGGUGAAACCUUAGCUCAGAUGCAUCCGGAUGUACUGAUCUCUUUGAAUAUUCAUCCGGAUCACGUACUUUCAUAG